CGGGGCUGCACGGGGAUGGGGCUCUUGUAACCCUCUCCCGCGCUGCUGGCAGAUGAGGACAGUCUGUGCGGGGACAGGAGCGACCUGAAGGCGCCCGCGUCGCAGAUCAAGAGGAAGAAGCGGCGGCAUAGGACAGUGUUUACGGCUCACCAGCUGGAGGAAUUGGAGAAGGCUUUCAACGAAGCUCAUUACCCAGAUGUGUAUGCCCGGGAAAUGCUAGCAAUGAAAACUGAGCUCCCAGAGGACAGGAUACAGGUCUGGUUUCAGAACCGAAGAGCCAAGUGGCGGAAGCGUGAGAAGUGCUGGGGCAGGAGCAGUGUCAUGGCAGAGUAUGGCCUCUACGGGGCAAUGGUGAGGCACUCCAUUCCUCUCCCUGAGUCCAUCAUCAACUCCGCCAAAAGUGGGCUCAUGGGCUCCUGUGCCCCUUGGCUACUGGGGAUGCAUAAGAAGUCGAUGGAAGUGACCAGAAAAUCUGAAAAUGAGGAGAAGGUGAUGGACAACUGGAGAUCAGAACAUGCUGAGGAAGAAUUAAAAGUGAAGCAAGCAGAUCAGCAAAGAAGCUCUGACAAACUGUGUACAAUGGACACUUCAGAGGACACAGCCAUCGACCUCUCUAGCACGGCCAAGCAAGAAAAACGGAGCACUUUGCGGCAGUGUCUCAGCAGAGACCUCCGGACAGAGAAGCAGGACAAUGACCACUAAACUCUGGGUGAUGGGGUGGAUGGCAUGGUAGGAGAGCAAACCCUGAUCAUGCUUUGGAAAGAUAAGAAUAUUUAUAAUUUUCUAACUUUUUUUUCAAAUAAUGAACACACACUUUUUAUAUGAAUUUGAGAUGGUUUUUAAAACUGGAUCCCACCACAAUUUCCCUUUCCCUCUGACUUUUUAAAGCUGUUAAUUUGUAAACAACAUAAUAGAUACAGUGAUGGGGACAUCUCAGUCUGGCUGAGAGAAUGCCUGUGCUUUCCGAGCAGCUCUAGUAUUUGAUGAAGAGAAACCUCCCUUCCAGUCCAUAAUAC